AAUCUUAGAAGAUUGUGCCUUUGUAAGAAUUUGUCCAUUUCUUCUACGUUGUUCAUUUUCCUUUUAUAUUUAUUUAUUUUUGUCUUUUUAGGGCCAUACCUGCAGCAUAUGGAAGUUCCUGGGCUAGGGGUCAAAUCAGUGCUACAGUUGCCAGACUACGCCACAGCCACCGCAACGUGGGAUCUUAGGUACAUCUGCCACCUACACCACAGCUCACAGCAAUGCUGGAUCCUUAAACCACUGAGCAAGGCCAGGGAUCGAACCCGCAUCCUCAUGGAUCCUAGUCAGAUUCAUUUCUGCUGCUCCACAAUGGGAACUCCCGUUUUUUUAUUUUGAAUUUGUUAUUGUUGGGCUUUUUUCUUCCCUUCCUCUUUUGCUCUCCUGUGCUUUGAUGACUAUCUUUAGUGUUGUAUUUGAAUUGUGAAUUGCUUUUUCUUUUAUAUAAGUGUGUCUAUUGUAGUUCUUGGGUUUGUUUCCAUGAGGUUUGGACAUCUGCUCAGCUCUCAUAGUGGGGAAUAGACCCCUUCUGGAAAGUUGCCCUCCUGGAAGCAAACAGGAGCUCACCCUAAAUUUGUGCUAGCCUCCUUAGGAUAGGAGGGCAGGGAACUGCCCCUUCUUCCCUCCAGCAUAUGCUGUUCAAAACAUGGCCCAAUUCUAAGAAGUCCAUAGGCACCAGUGGGAAAAGGAAAGUCUGCUUCCAAGAUGCUUAAACUACUCUUGGUGCCACAGCUCCUGGGUCACUACACCAUGUGCAUGUGGUGAGGGGAGGGUAAGUCUAGACACCAGUUCAUAUCUGUUCAGUUCACAUCAAACAUCCCAACAUCACGGUUGAAACUUGCCUUUCUGGGAAGUCCCCUUCACUUUGUGGUUCCGGGGCUGGACAUGUGCACACAGGGAAGACAGCUUGAAACAGGCCUCAUGGGUUCAGGCCUGGCACCUGGGGGCCCAGGGAUGAGACAGAGACAGCAGGAGGAGAAAUGGGCUUGACGAGGGGCAGACGUGCCAUUGGGUGUCCACAGGGAGAAAGUCUGGUGGGGGUGUUAAACUCUGGCCUGCCUGACAGAGUCCAAAGCAAAGUUGGGGGUGGGGGCAGAGGUCCCAGGAUCACAGAUUAGGGGAGCUAAUAUAGCCUGGAUGAUCAGAAGAGGCCUUCUUGAGUGUGACACCUGAGCUGGGAUAUUCCAGAAGGCAGGCAAAGGGUGAGGGCAGAAAAUGUCCAGGCUGAGGGGACAUUGUAUGCAAAGGCCUGGAGGGAUGUGGAAGAGGGGUACAGCCCACAGAGCUCAAACACACCCCACCCACAGCUCCCCUCCUGAGACCCGCUCACCCCCAGGGACCUACACCUGUUCUGGGGCCUUCACCCAGCCCCUCAGGGAGACCUUGGUGAGUGGGGCACCUCUCCAAGGGGCUGCAGGUAUGGAAGGGUCUGAUCCUUGAAGGGCAGGAAAGGACACAUUCCUGAGGAGAAGGAAUGUCUUUGAUCCCAAGGUCUCACUGGAGGCACCAGGUCCCCUCUCCCAGUAUCCUUGAGGGAGGCUCACAGUUGCAGAGCCCGAGCAAGGCAAGUUCUUGUUAUGUUCUGGGCCUUGUUAGUCAGAGGGUUGUGUGUCUAUCCACAGCCCCCUCCCCCAACACCCAAGGGCAGCUCUGCUGUGAUCCACUUUAUGCAUGUGUCCAGCUGUUCAAGACUGGAGGCAGGGCUCCCACUCGGGAACCAAGGCUUUGGGGCUCUCCUUCACCCAGGGUGAUGGGAGCCCAGGACUAUGCUGGGGUCUCAUACAGCCAGGUUAAUUUUCUUCCACCCCUUUGCUUCCACUGUCACCCCCCACCCCAUAUGCUCUCCCUUCUCCUGUACACAGCCAAAUCCUGCCACUUUUUGUGUCCCUGCAGGAGGAUGCCCCCCACCUCCAAGGGAGUUUUCUCAAUUCCACACAUCCUCACAAGUCUUCUCCGGGGUGGAUGCACCCCUAGAGGAGUUGACUUGGAGGCGGAGAGAGACUAAGGAGAUACCAUGAGCUAAUGUGAGGGGUGGUGGGCCUCCUUCUCUCUGCCAGGGAGGUGCUUCCUUAUGCAGAGGAUGGAGACUGGGGGCACAGUGGAGGGUCCCAGCUCAGUUGAGCCCCCACUAGUGAGAGCAGUGCCCAGCUCAAUCUCUGUCAAGGAAUGACUCACUGGCCAGCAGCUUCCCUCCCCUGUGGGUCUGCUCAGGUCUCUCUCCAUCCCUGACAACCAGCACCUGGACUGCCACCAAGGGCCUGGCUUCAGAGAAGCACCCGCCCAGCUGAGAAAUUUGUGGUGGGCUGGCUGGGCCCUGUCCAGACCAGCACACUCCCACAUGGGAAAAACAGAGGCCCAGAGAGGGCCGUAAAACACGGCAGCAAGUGGCAGGGCAGCAUCCUCAUCUGGGCCCCUCACUUUCCAUGUUUCCUAGAAUCCCUGGGAAGUAAGUGUUGCCCAGCAACCCUAGGACACGGCCAGAGACCUGAUUCUCCUAUCACCUUUCUAGGCAUCGAAUCUCGGGAGGUCUUGCUGCAGUGCUGCGGUCUUGUGGGAAGAGAACCCCGCUCCUUUGCGACACAGUCCUGAAGCCCGGGAUGAAACCCUUCAGGUAGACUAUCCUUCGCAUGGACAGUGAGAGCGGGGGGAGAUGGGCGCGAGGACUGCCCCAGGGCCCCUCUUCGAGCCUUCCAGUCAGCGGAAAGCUCAAAUCCCGCCGGUUCCAGAAGUCCCCCCUUCGGCAGAUCUCAAGCACCACCAUCCCUCACCUCUGACCCUGGCUCCCUUCCGCACGGUGUAGAGACAGGGUGGCUAUGAGCUGAUCAGCCUCGGGCUGAGUGGGAGAGGUAAGCUCCAAGGAGGUGGGGGCACUCCGUCGGGCAGGGAAGGGACCCGAUGGAUCCAAGAGCCCAGCCGCGAGCUCCUUCCCGCGGCAGGCAACGCUGGCUCCUUAGGGAAAGUGCGGCAGGCCCUGCGCACGCGCGCCGCUCGAGUCGAGCCGCUUUGUUCCAGCGCUACCUGCGGCUCCAUUCACCUCCUUAACCAUACCAGCCUGUGAGCCAAGACACAGCGCUCGCUGAGAUCCCGCCCACUUCCCGCGCUGGGUGGAACUUUCCACUGGCCCCACCUCCCUCCUCCACCCUCCGCCGCCGUCUUCUUCGGCUGCAAUUGGCCAUCUGCCUGGCGCACUCCCGCCUACCACGAAAGUUGAUUGGUACGUUGGGGAGGAGGGGGAGGAGAGUGCGCCCCCUCCCACCAGCUCCUGAGGAAAAGUCACGUGACGCUUCACUCGGAGCCUGUCACCACCCGCUUGCAAAGCUUCUCUUAAAGAGCCCAAUGUCUUCCCAGAGCUAGUCCUUUCUAGGAUUUCUCCAUACCUACCCUCGGAGGGCGGCAAGGCCUUGGGACGUCCUACUCCGCCAGUAGCCCAUGUGCUGAUUCCUCAUCAGUCCUGCUGGGGUGAGACACAGGUUUCUGAGCCUGGGGCCCUCCUUAGGACCCGAAACGGUGACCGCCUAAGCACAAAAGGCCUGGCACAUAGUAGGAGUUCAGUUUCCAUCUGUUGAAUGAACUCUCUGAGAGAAUCAGUGAAUGAGGUGGACAGGAGGAGGGGACUUUGGCUCAGUUUGGUCGUCCCUUCCUUCUGCCCCGUCCGCGGGGAAAUUCUGCUUCAGUGAACAUAGGGAGGGGAUGCCACGCGCAGAACCCCCGCAGGGUAGCUCUUCAGGUUAGGGCACGGAAGAGCUGGUAGCGCGGGCACUGGGGACCUGGGAGACGUCUUGGCCGGGUCUCCAGGCGAGUCAUAGCUAGUUCGGGGCAAGGCGGCGCUGAGGUGUGGUGCAGGUCUCCGGGCGCACGGGACAGCUCACGAGCCCGCGUACCCCUUGGGGAGGGGCGAUGGAGGUGCGGCGCCUUUAAGCCCGGGCUCCGGCCCCGCGGCCCCGCCCUCCGGAGGACGCCACGGCGCGCGGCCGCCGGAGCCGCGGUUUAAUUGGGGCUGUCAGGCCGCGGCGCGCGCGGAGGGCCGGGCGGGACGGAGGCCGGGAGGCCGGGGCGGCAGGCGUGCAGCUCGGAGGGAGGCGGGCGCCCGGAGACGCGGCUGGAGCCCGCGCGGCCGGGCCGCUGUCCCAGGGCAGGGCUGCCCGGCCCCGGCCCCGGGCCGCCCGCGCUCCCCAUGAAAAACCAGCUCCGCGGCCCCCCAGCGCGGGCGCACAUGUCGGCCUCGGGGGCGUCGGCGGCUGGGGGCACCGGGGCAGGGUCGGAGCCCGGUGCGGGGUCCGGGUCCAGCGCGGGCACGGGGGCAGGCGCGGCGACGGGCGCGGGGGCCAUGCCCUGCAAGAGCGCCGAGUGGCUGCAGGAGGAGCUGGAGGCGCGCGGCGGCGCGUCCCUGCUGCUGCUCGACUGCCGGCCGCACGAGCUCUUCGAGUCGUCGCACAUAGAGACGGCCAUCAACCUGGCCAUCCCGGGCCUCAUGCUGCGCCGCCUGCGCAAGGGCAACCUGCCCAUCCGCUCCAUCAUUCCCAACCACGCAGACAAGGAGCGCUUCGCUACGCGCUGCAAGGCGGCCACCGUGCUGCUCUACGACGAGGCCACGGCAGAGUGGCAGCCAGAGCCCGGCGCUCCCGCUUCGGUGCUUGGCCUUCUCUUGCAAAAGCUGCGCGACGACGGCUGCCAGGCCUACUACCUCCAAGGUGGUUUCAACAAGUUCCAAACAGAGUACUCAGAGCACUGCGAGACCAACGUGGACAGCUCAUCCUCGCCAAGCGGCUCGCCACCCACCUCAGUGCUGGGCCUGGGGGGCCUACGCAUCAGCUCUGACUGCUCGGAUGGUGAGUCGGACCGAGAGCUGCCCAGUAGUGCCACUGAGUCAGAUGGCAGCCCUGUGCCAUCCAGCCAACCGGCCUUCCCCGUCCAAAUCCUGCCCUACCUCUACCUCGGCUGCGCCAAGGACUCCACCAAUCUGGAUGUGCUCGGCAAGUACGGCAUCAAGUAUAUCCUCAACGUCACGCCCAACCUGCCCAAUGCUUUUGAGCACGGGGGCGAGUUCACCUACAAGCAGAUCCCCAUCUCUGACCACUGGAGCCAGAACCUCUCCCAGUUCUUCCCCGAGGCCAUCAGCUUCAUCGAUGAGGCCCGCUCCAAGAAGUGUGGUGUCCUGGUUCACUGCCUGGCAGGCAUCAGCCGCUCAGUGACCGUCACGGUGGCCUACCUGAUGCAGAAGAUGAACCUGUCACUCAAUGACGCCUAUGACUUCGUCAAGAGGAAAAAGUCCAACAUCUCACCCAACUUCAACUUUAUGGGACAGCUGCUGGACUUUGAGCGGACGCUGGGGCUGAGCAGCCCGUGUGACAACCACACCCCCAGCGAGCAGCUCUACUUCUCCACGCCCACCAACCACAACUUGUUCCCACUCAACACGCUUGAGUCCACGUGAGGCUGGGGGCACAGGGGCAGGGAGCCAGGCCCUCCACAGGGCCUGCCAGGAGGGCCCACACCUGUUGCCUCUGGCCUGGGGAACCCGGACAUCUCCUGUGCCCAGAGGCCCGAGCUGAUGGGUGGCCGAGCUUCCCUCAUGAUCCGGGGAGGGGGCAGCCCACAGCAAGGCCUCCCCUGGCAGGACUUUCUGGACGGGCCCUCGGCUCUCAGGCACAGGGCUUUGGGAGUCCAGCUGGGGCUCGUUCCUGUCCCAGGACACUCCUUUCUGCUGACAGCCCAGACGUUUGGCUCUGUUUUUAAAGACGCAUCCAUGGACUUGAGAUUACCUUUUACUUUUAGCAGGUAAAUCCGAGCUCCCUGGAGCACAGAGAGUGUUCAAGCUCUUCUUGAUUUUUCUUUUUUUAAUGAAAAGUGUUAUUUUCAGGCUCCAUGCAACAGUGGAUUGUAUAAACCAGUAUUUCAUCCCUUUCUUGAUCCUACGAGAGAGAGAAGUGUUCUCAGUUUUGUUUUUCUAUUUCCAAAAGCAAUUCUUGGGUUUUUGUUUUUAAUGGAAAAGACAAACCCCGUGUUGAUCUUGACCAAAUGCGUUUUGCACAGGUAUGAAGCCUCCGUUUCUGCAGUGGCCCUUCUUAAAGAGGUGGCUCUGCUCUCCCUGCAUCGGACUCCCAGUCGUGCCCUCACCUCCCACCUUGGCCCAGCCCGACUUGGCACUGCACUUACCUGUGAUGACUGCCGCAAGUUGUGAGUGGCGGGCUGGACAGGUGGCCUUUGCAUUCUCUGCCCUCUCGUGGUCCCUGCAGACGGCCUGAGGCAGGAGAUGGGGGCCAGCAUGGUCCUGCUGGAGGUGGGGCCACGGGAGACUGCCAAGCAGUAGCAUUAGCCCUCUGGGUUCAGCCUCGAAGCGGGCCUGGGCCCUGGGCCCUUUUCUAUACGUACCCACUACUUCUGUCUCUUUCUCUGUUUGUAGCUGAGAGUGGAGGCCCCGUGGCUGGGGCAGUGUAGGUGGUGGGGCCCAGCCCUGCCUCCCAAGUCUCCUCCUUACCCUGGCCGUUGCAUUGGUUCAGCUGCCACUCCCAGCCCCCUCGUCCCUUGGAAGCCUGCCCUGUGCUCAUCUUGCCCACACCUCCUACUGAGAAACUUGCAGCCAUUUCAAUCCCAGGGCAGGGGGAUGGCGAGGAUGGACAAGGAAAGGGUUGUGAGGCUCUGUCCACCCCCUACCCUGUAUCCACAGAACAAAGCCACGGAUUCCGUUAGCCGCCUCCAGUUCUGUUCCUUCUCCAGCCUCCGUUCUCCCAGGUGUCAGGACUGCAUGGGGGCCCGGGAGGGGUGAGGGGGUUGGCUGGGGUCCCUGAGCGAGCCAGCACUCAGCGUGUGAGCGAGGCCACGGAAACUCCGCCCCCACCGCAUCUUACCUCACAGGGGUGGUUUUCAGGGAUUCUUUAAGGCAGCAGAUGAAAAUCUUGCCACAGCCGAGAAAUUGACAAAAAGCUUCCAUGCUGUACAUGGUUCUCUUUCUCUCUCUUUUUUAUCUUUGAAAAGAAAAACCCAGAAAGAUGCAUCAGAUUUGUGUAAAUGAGGGUAUGCCAAAAGGGUGGCCAGUUUUGCUUUAUGAUCUUAUGAAGGAAAAUUUGUGACCCUACAUAUAUAUACACAUACAUACAUAUAUAUAUAUCCCGAACCAGCAACGGGACUUUGUUUAUAUUGCAAAUAAAUAUUAUUUUUUCUUUAAAA